AUGCUCCGGCGAUGCUGCGGUUGUCUGCCCCUCGAGAGCGGUUGUCUUAUCCUUUGUAUUAUUUCGACAAUGUCCUGCAUAGCUUACAUAGUGGCGGGUGUGUGGAACCUGCCGCGUCAUCGAGAUAGAGAACAGGAGGACAACCUCAUCUCCAUGACCAUGGUGAUGUUUUCCACCCUGUCCGUCAUCAGCAAUGCGGUGGCGUUGUGUGGUAUUGCGUUCAGGCGGCCGGGCUGUCUGCAGCUGUCGUUGCUGUUCAACUCGGUGUUCAUCCUGUGCAUAUUCCUGGUGGCGGUGGUCACAUGCCUGUUCAGCAACGAGCUCAAGCCCUACCUCGACAACGCGGGAAACGUUGCCCUAAUAGUCGUCUCGUUCUUCGCUGGAGCUGCUUACUCCCUUUACUACUUGACCGUCGUGAACAGCGUGUACAGGAAAAUGAAAAUGUCGUAUAGCGAAACCGCACUGCCUAUG